AUGGCAGGAAGUGACAACAAAAGCAGAGUUUUCCUCAGCAUAAUUCGAAAAAUGAACAUUGCUGAAGAGUUAGAAAAAGGAUUAUCUAUAAAAACAUUAAGUGGUAGAUAUGGAGUGUCGCAGGAUCGGGCAAUGGGGAAUCCAAUCAACGAUUUGCUGUUACAAGAAAAGGGGAAUCAAUUAUUAAGUGAAAUUGCAUCGACGUCGUUUGCCGGAAGUAGGGGAUGGGUUAAAAAAUUUAAAAAACGGUACGGUAUCAAAUUGGCGCGGGCGCAUGGGGAACAGGGAAGUGCAGACGUGGAAAGUGCGGAAGAUUAUGUUACAUCAUUCGUGAACCGAUGGGAGGAAGAGGACAUCGACGCAAAUAGAAUUUACAACAUGGAUGAAACAGGCCUAUUAUGGAAGACGGUUCCAUCGAAAUCUUUAGUAUCAAAGUGCAUUAAUUUUGUGAAAGAAGCAUGGAUGAACAUUACGCCUAAUAAUAUAAAAAAUAGUUGGAACAAAAUUCUUGGACGGGAUGGAAGGGAAGGGGGGAUCGAAGAAGACGAAAAUGCACACGAAUUAGAUGUUUCGAUUCAUUCAGCUCUCAGUGAUGAUAUACACACGAUAAGCGGGGAAAGUAUCACUUAUGAAGAAUGUCAAAAAAUGUUAGAAGCCUUGAACAACGACGAAAAUGAAGAAGAGGAGGAAGAGCAGGAGGAAGAACAGGAGGAAGCAAAAAAAGUGGACGAGCACGAAGAACAGAAUAGAAUAUAUAUUAAUUUUCUUCAAUAA